UCUCGCGGUGAUACUCGGCACCGAAAACCUACUGGCCCGUGUUGGUCCUCCGAUUCGAGCGAUUAUACCGUGUGUGCACGCCUUCCAGUAAAGGUCGUCUCUUCUCGCCAACGAGUUUAGUGCAAUCUUUGUGCCGAGUCUCUUCGCUGUGUCAGUGGUUACCGACAGUUUAUUAAAAAACCAACAUCAACAUGACUACCUACUUCAACUACCCACCCCAGGAAAUCCAGGAUGAGCUGGCCCGCAUUGCCAAGCAAAUUGUUGCCCCCGGCAAGGGAAUUCUGGCCGCUGAUGAGUCCACCGCCACCUGUGGCAAGCGAUUCGCCGACAUCGGCGUCGAGAACAACGAAGACAACCGUCGCCAGUACCGUCAGCUGUUGUUCACCGCCGACGAUAAGCUUUCGGAGAACAUCUCCGGUGUGAUCCUGUUCCACGAGACUCUCUACCAGAAGGCCGACGAUGGCACUCCCCUGGUUGAGCUCCUCAAGAAGAAGAACAUCCUGGCCGGCAUCAAGGUCGACAAGGGCGUCGUCGAUCUGAUGGGAUCGGAGGGCGAAUGCACCACCCAGGGUCUCGACGAUUUGGGUGCCCGCUGUGCCCAGUACAAGAAGGAUGGCUGUGACUUCGCCAAGUGGCGUUGCGUGCUGAAGAUCGGCAAGAACACCCCCAGCUACCAGUCCAUCCUGGAGAACGCCAACGUGCUGGCUCGUUAUGCCUCGAUCUGCCAGUCGCAGCGCAUCGUCCCAAUUGUGGAGCCUGAGAUCCUCCCCGAUGGUGAUCACGAUCUGGACCGGUGCCAGAAGGUCACUGAAACCGUGCUGGCCGCCGUCUACAAGGCCCUGAACGACCAUCACGUCUUCCUGGAGGGAACUCUGCUGAAGCCCAACAUGGUCACCGCUGGCCAGAGCUGCCCCAAGAAGCCAUCGGCUGCCGAAAUUGGGCUGGCCACCGUUCGGGCUCUGCGUCGCACCGUUCCGGCUGCCGUUCCCGGAGUCACCUUCCUGUCCGGUGGCCAAUCGGAGGAAGAGGCCUCCGUCAACCUGAACGCCAUCAACCAGGUGCCGCUGCUGAGACCCUGGGCUCUGACCUUCUCGUACGGUCGUGCCCUGCAGGCCUCGGUUCUGCGUGCCUGGGGCGGCAAGAAGGAGAACAUCAAGGCUGGCCAGGAAGAGCUGAUCAAGCGCGCCAAGGCCAACGGUGAGGCUUCCCUGGGCAAGUACGGUGGUGGCGUCGUCGGUGCCGCUGGAGCCGGAAGCUUAUUCGUCGCUAACCACGCCUAUUAAGCGACUGCACUCACAAAUAUUAAGUAUCACACAACAACCCCACAAAAUCCACUCAAAGAGAAGACGCAAAACCAAAAAAAUAGAGUUGCAUGUACGCGUCCUAGUAAUGUUACAGCUACAAAUUAUACCGCGGGAUCGCUGGCCUAUGGAAAGACCUAGAAUGGUUCGAUUCCGAACCGGGUGGACGCUCUAGGGCCAGAACUGACCGAUACUAACCUCAGCAUAUAUAAAUUUGAAAAAAAACACAAAGAAUAAAAUCAAUAAUGAUUGUUAGAGUACUAUUGAAUCAUAUGCAAGUCAGGACGCAAACAACAUCUUGAUCGUGUACGGGGUGUAAAAGGCCCCGGAUCCAAGAAUGACAUUGAAAGAAUCGAUCGCAUCACAAAUUAUAGCUGUAGUUGAAAUUAUAAAAUAGAGAAAAAGAAAUUGUUAAAUGAUGGAGUAUUUCGAAUGCUUAUUCCAGAUAAGUGUGCUUAGGAUAACAAGGAUCUGUUUUGUUUGGAAAAAUAAAAAUAGUCAGCAUGAAAAUUUGUUUCAGUCAACCAGGAUCUUCAAUUGAAUUUUCAAAACAACAACAUCAACUCGAGAAUUCACUUUACAAAUCAAAUCCAAUAUCCGUGUCAAUGGAUGUGCGAUUACUAGUUUUUAGUUGAAUUUUCCUAUCUUAAGUUUGAACUAUUUUAAGCCACCGCACUGGUUGUUACCGAGUAAACAGUCAAUAAACUUAUGAAAAAAAAGUAAACGGUAAUGAUUUGAAA